UCUGGCGGGCUCCGCUGAAAUCCACUCUUUCGGCGCUCGACUCGCCCGUGCUGCUGCGGCCGCCGAAGGAGGGGCAAAGCUCAAGAUGGCGGACAAAACGCCAGGCGGAUCUCAGAAGGCCAGUUCGAAGACCAGAUCAUCAGAUGUUCAUUCAUCUGGAUCUUCAGAUGCACAUAUGGAUGCAUCUGGACCCUCAGAUAGUGACGUGCCAAGUCGGACACGACCUAAGAGCCCAAGAAAACAUAAUUAUAGGAAUGAGAGUUCCCGUGAAAGCCUUUGUGAUUCUCCUCAUCAGAAUCUCUCAAGAGAAGAUGAAAAGGCAGCUGCUGAGAUUUAUGAGGAAUUUCUUGCCGCUUUUGAAGGAAGUGAUGGUAAUAAAGUGAAGACAUUUGUGCGUGGAGGUGUUGUUAAUGCAGCUAAAGAAGAACAUGAAACAGAUGAAAAAAGAGGUAAAAUUUAUAAGCCAUCUUCAAGAUUUGCAGAUCAGAAAAAUCCUCCAAAUCAGUCAUCCAAUGAAAGACCACCAUCUCUUCUUGUGAUAGAAACCAAAAAACCUCCGCUGAAGAAAGGGGAGAAAGAAAAGAAAAAAAGCAAUUUGGAACUCUUCAAAGAAGAAUUGAAACAAAUUCAGGAAGAGCGUGAUGAGAGACAUAAAACAAAAGGCAGGUUAAGCCGAUUUGAGCCUCCUCAGUCAGAUUCUGAUGGUCAGCGUCGUUCUAUGGAUGCGCCUUCAAGAAGAAAUAGAUCAUCUGGUGUUCUUGAUGAUUAUGCACCUGGCUCACAUGAUGUAGGGGAUCCAAGCACUACUAAUUUAUAUCUUGGAAAUAUUAAUCCACAGAUGAAUGAAGAAAUGCUUUGUCAAGAAUUUGGAAGAUUUGGACCAUUAGCCAGUGUGAAAAUUAUGUGGCCUAGAACUGAUGAAGAAAGAGCAAGAGAGAGAAAUUGUGGCUUUGUGGCCUUUAUGAAUAGAAGAGAUGCUGAAAGAGCUUUAAAAAAUUUAAAUGGAAAGAUGAUUAUGUCUUUUGAAAUGAAGUUAGGUUGGGGUAAAGCUGUGCCUAUUCCUCCACAUCCAAUAUACAUUCCGCCUUCUAUGAUGGAACAUACGCUUCCCCCACCUCCAUCAGGACUGCCUUUUAAUGCGCAGCCUAGAGAGAGGUUAAAAAACCCUAAUGCUCCAAUGUUACCGCCACCUAAAAACAAGGAGGAUUUUGAGAAGACUCUGUCGCAAGCCAUAGUCAAAGUGGUUAUCCCAACAGAAAGGAAUUUGCUCGCCCUGAUACAUCGAAUGAUAGAGUUUGUUGUACGUGAAGGGCCAAUGUUUGAAGCUAUGAUUAUGAACAGAGAAAUCAACAAUCCUAUGUUCAGGUUCUUAUUUGAAAACCAGACACCAGCCCAUGUUUACUAUAGGUGGAAGCUUUAUUCUAUUCUGCAGGGAGAUUCUCCGACUAAGUGGCGGACAGAAGAUUUUCGUAUGUUCAAAAAUGGAUCUUUUUGGAGACCACCACCAUUAAAUCCAUACCUGCAUGGGAUGUCAGAAGAGCAAGAAACAGAAGCUUUUGUAGAGGAGCCUAGUAAAAAGGGAGCACUUAAGGAAGAACAGAGGGACAAAUUAGAAGAAAUCCUGCGGGGGUUAACUCCAAGGAAGAAUGAUAUUGGAGAUGCAAUGGUUUUCUGUCUUAAUAAUGCUGAAGCUGCUGAAGAAAUAGUGGAUUGCAUUACUGAGUCAUUGUCCAUCUUAAAGACACCCCUCCCCAAAAAGAUUGCCAGAUUAUAUUUGGUUUCUGAUGUUUUGUAUAACUCUUCAGCCAAAGUUGCCAAUGCUUCAUAUUAUAGAAAAUUUUUUGAAACAAAGUUAUGUCAGAUAUUUUCAGACCUCAAUGCUACGUAUCGUACAAUUCAAGGCCAUUUACAGUCUGAAAACUUCAAGCAACGGGUAAUGACCUGCUUCAGAGCAUGGGAGGAUUGGGCAAUUUAUCCAGAACCAUUUUUGAUCAAACUACAAAAUAUUUUCUUAGGACUUGUAAAUAUUAUUGAAGAAAAGGAAACAGAGGUAGGCACUCAGUGUCUUUGGGUGAUUAUUUUAGAAUUUAUUUCUGGGGAUGCUCUGGGGGUGUGUCAAGAAGAAGAAAGUGAAGAUGAAGAAGAUACUCAGAGUUCCAAAUCAGAAGAACAUCAUUUGUACUCUAAUCCAAUCAAAGAAGAAAUGACUGAGUCCAAGUUCUCUAAGUACUCUGAAAUGAGUGAGGAAAAACGAGCUAAACUUCGUGAAAUUGAGCUCAAAGUUAUGAAGUUUCAGGAUGAAUUGGAAUCUGGAAAAAGACCUAAAAAACCAGGCCAGAGCUUUCAGGAGCAAGUAGAACACUACAGAGAUAAACUUCUUCAACGAGAAAAAGAGAAGGAAUUAGAAAGAGAACGAGAAAGAGAUAAAAAGGAUAAAGAAAAAUUGGAAUCUCGAUCUAAAGACAAGAAGGAAAAAGAUGAAUGUACUCCAACAAGGAAAGAAAGGAAAAGGCGACACAGCACAUCCCCUAGCCCGUCUCGCAGUAGCAGUGGUAGACGAGUGAAAUCCCCUUCACCCAAAUCGGAGCGAUCAGAGCGUUCAGAAAGAUCUCAUAAAGAGAGCUCACGAUCCAGGUCAUCUCACAAAGAUUCUCCUAGAGAUGUUAGCAAAAAGGCCAAAAGAUCACCAUCUGGUUCGAGGACACCUAAAAGGUCUAGGCGAUCACGGUCUAGAUCCCCUAAAAAGUCAGGGAAGAAAUCCAGAUCCCAGUCCCGAUCUCCACACAGGUCUCAUAAAAAGUCAAAGAAAAACAAACACUGACAUAAAUUUUUAAGAUGCUGUCACUUAUUGGAAAUGCAAUUUUGUUUUGUGCCUGAAUGGUCUGUUUUUUUAAAAAAAGAAAACAACAAAAAAUCAAAUGAAAGAGCAUUCCUGGAUUUUUUGUUUUUUUGUUUGUGAAUGCAUGUGUAAACUCAUGAGUAACUGCAUCUGUAGACCUGUCAUUGUUUUAUAUUGUAUAAAUUACUUUCGUUGUGGCUGUUUCUCAAGAUGAAAUUUUUAUUGUGCUAAUGAAUUUCAUCAGAAAUGUGUAUAAUGGAUCUGCUGGCAGUAGUAGUAUUUUGUUUUAGGAUGUUGUGACUUAGCAAAAAUAAUACAGAUGUCUUCGCCCCUUUUGUAGCUUUGACAAUUUGAAUUAGAUUUCAAAUAAAAUCUGAACAGAAAACUA